AUGCUGGGUAAGCCUCAGGCCACCAGCAGUCUCACCCUUGUGAACGCUGAAGUUUCUAACGGAUCAGAGGACGUCUUGGACACGAGCGGUUGUAUCAAGAUGGCCGACGUAGUGGAGAGCUUGGAUACCAGAGAGCUGGACAUUGGGGAGGGAGAGGACGUGGAUUUUGAUGGAAACAAUUUAGGGGACUGUCGUAUCCCGUUUUCAGCGGUGUACGCUACAGUGGGCUUUAAGGAGGCCAGCGCCAAGGUCUACCUCCCCACAGUCCCCAUCACGGCCAGGAUCCUGGAGGUGGAGAGGUUCACCACAGCACAGGACCGCUUCAACUUGUCUCACCACAGGAGUGUCAAUAAGUCUCUGCCAGCAGUGUUUAAGAUCGAGCUGAGGCAUGGGGAGUUCUGCUGGAUGGUGAAGAGGAAGGAAAAACACUUCAUGGAGCUCCAUAGGGAGCUGCUCCGAUAUAAGACCUUCAUCAGGAUACCUCUGCCCUCGCGCAGCCACACGGUGAGGAGGAAGAGUGUGAGGAAGAGUGAGGUGAGGGAGAUGCCCUCCCUCCCCAAGGGGGGAGGAGACGAGCUGGCUCGAGCUGAACAGGUCUCCAGCAGGAGGAAACAGCUGGAGGACUAUUUGAACAAUCUGCUGAGAAUGGCCAUGUACCGUAAAUACCACCACACUAUGGAGUUUAUGGAUAUCAGCCAGAUGUCCUUCAUCCAUGACCUGGGGCCUAAAGGACUGGAAGGGAUGAUCUAUAAGCGCUCUGGAGGCCAUCGUAUCCCUGGAAUGAACUGCUGUGGUCACAGUCAGGCUUGCUAUCGCUGGUCCAAACGCUGGUUGGUGAUGAAAGACUCCUUCCUGCUGUACAUGAAGCCAGACUCAGGGGCCAUUUCCUUUGUCCUUCUUGUGGAUAAAGAGUUCAGUAUCAAGAUGGACUCCAAGGACACAGAAACUAAACAUGGAGUUCGCAUUGAUAGCCUCUCCAGGACCCUUGUGUUGAAGUGCAACAGCUACAGACACGCCCGCUGGUGGGGCCAGAGCAUCCAGAACUUUGUGAGAAAUCAUGGGAAAGAUUUCCUCAGAGACCACCGAUUUGGAUCAUUUGCUCGGGAAGAGGAGAACAUCCCUGCUAAAUGGUAUGUGAAUGGGAAGACCUACAUGGAAGAUGUGGCAGAUGCUCUGGAGGAGGCUAAAGAGGAGAUCUUCAUCACUGACUGGUGGCUGAGUCCAGAGAUCUUCCUGAAGAGACCCGUGGUAGAGGGCAACAGGUGGAGGCUGGACUGCAUCCUCAGACGUAAGGCACAACAAGGUGUGCGCAUCUUUGUGAUGCUGUACAAGGAAGUGGAGCUGGCGCUCGGGAUCAACUCGGGCUACAGCAAGAGGACCCUCAUGCACCUGCACCCCAACAUCAAGGUGAUGCGUCACCCAGAUCACGUCUCCUCCUCCGUCUACCUGUGGGCGCACCAUGAGAAGAUUGUCAUUAUCGACCAAUCAGUGGCCUUUGUGGGCGGCAUUGACCUGGCAUACGGCCGGUGGGAUGACAGAGAACACCGGCUGACAGAUGUGGGAAGUGUGACACGCUCUGUGGCCCUGGAGCAGUCCGGCACCACCAAUACCCCAUCCGCUAAGGGUGUGUCAUCUGCCGAUGGCGUCUCCCAUAGCAACGGGCGAGGAAUGCCACCCCGCGACCCGGUGGACUUGCCCAAGCUGAAAGGGAUUGGCCGGAACAGGAGGACACGUUUCAGUCUGUCCAGACGCCUACACAAGCACAGUCUGCAGCACGCGGACAGCGUCAGCAGCAUCGACAGCACAGGGAGUGGUUCAGUGCGAAGCCUGAAGACUGGUGUUGGAGAACUUUUAGGAAACACUCGCUUCUGGCAUGGAAAAGACUACUGCAACUUUGUCUACAAGGACUGGAUCCAGCUGGAGAAGCCAUUUGAUGACUUCAUUGACCGGUACACGACUCCCAGAAUGCCUUGGCAUGACAUCGCCUCCGUGGUCCACGGCAAAGCGGCCAGGGAUGUGGCCAGACACUUCAUACAGCGCUGGAACUUUACUAAGAUCAUGAAGCCCAAGUAUCGUUCUCUCUCCUAUCCGUUCCUGCUGCCCAAGUCUCAUACCAGUGCCAACGAGCAGAGGUAUCAGGUCCCCGACUGUGUCACUACCAAAGUUCAGGUGUUGCGGUCAGCCGCUGACUGGUCUGCAGGUAUUAAGUACCAUGAGGAGUCCAUACACAAUGCCUACAUUCAGGUUAUCGCCAAGAGCAAGCACUACAUCUACAUAGAGAACCAGUUCUUCAUCAGUUGUGCUGACAACAAGAUGGUCUACAACAAGAUAGGAGACGCCAUCAUUGAGAGGAUCAUCAGGGCCCACAAGGAAGGCAAGAAGUACCGUGUGUAUGUCGUGACCCCUUUGCUUCCUGGCUUCGAGGGAGACAUCACUACAGGGGGAGGCAACGCCAUACAGGCCAUCAUGCACUUUAACUACAGAACCAUGAUCAGGGGCGAGCACUCCAUCAUCUCCCAGCUGAAAAAGGAGAUGGAUGACCAGUGGAUGAACUACAUCUCCUUCGCCGGUCUUCGGACCCACGCUGAGCUGGAGGGUCGCUUGGUGACAGAGCUCAUCUACGUCCACAGCAAGAUGCUCAUAGCCGACGACAACACCGUCAUCAUCGGUUCUGCCAACAUCAAUGACAGGAGCAUGCUUGGCAAGCGGGACAGUGAGGUGGCUGUGGUUGUUGAGGAUUCGGAAAGUGUUACUGCGGUGAUGGACGGAGAGGAAUACCAGGCUGGACCCUAUGCUCUGCAGCUACGCCUGGAGUGCUUCAGGACUAUCCUGGGAGGUCACUCUGACUCCAGUAUUGACCUGUCUGACCCCAUCAGUGAUCGCUUCUAUAAGGAAGUGUGGAUGACCACAGCGGGACGCAACGCCACCAUUUAUGAGAAGGUGUUCCGGUGCCUCCCAUCUUCCCUGGUGCGGAACAUGUCUGAGCUGGAACAGUACCAAUCCAAACCUGGCCUGGCCCAGACAGACCCGGCCCACGCUCAGGAGGAGUUGCGCAGAAUCCGUGGUUUCCUGGUCCAGUUCCCUCUGGACUUCUUGUCUGAACAGAACCUUAUGCCCUCCGUCGGAACCAAGGAGGGCAUGGUCCCUACAGGGAUCUGGACUUAGGGGUCUGAUCCCUGUGCCCACUAACAGACACUAUUUGAUGUAGGCCAUCUCUUUCAUUAUCUGUCUGUGGGCUUUUAACUGUGCUCAUCUUUGACCAUGGAACACAUAAACACAUGCAUCUGAUAUGAAUGAUGAUAAGAGUUGGAAUUAGGGCUCUCUCCUUAAUUUAUUCAGCUACCAGGCUGAUAAAUCUCACUGUGAUCUGUCUCUGCUGAGACUUAGCGCGUAGAAGUGGUGCACAAAAAUGGGGUUUUUGGAAUCAAGAUAAACUUUGGACAAGGACCUCUGGGCUGUCGGUGUGAAGCAUGGAAAUGAAAUCCUCAGUCCUGGACUGCAGUUCCAGGCCCACUGCAUCAAACAGGAGGACUUAACCUUUGUCAGGACCAUAAGAUAAAAUGCUGGUGUGCAGGUUCGAGGAACAAGGUGAUUGCAGUUGUAAGGGAAAAUCAUAACCCAGAGAGAGAGAGAGAGAGAGAGAGCACGGCACCAAGAACGAAUUAAGCGGUCGGCUUUUAUUCUUUGGAGUUCAAGCUCUUUAUCUGGAGGAGCUUGCAAGACAGCUGAUAUUUAAAAGGGACCAGGUCCAGACAUUAGUAACCAAUCCCUCAUAUCCAGUUUUUCACACCAGCCACUUGUGAAAAAAGGCACAUGAAGGAGAAAUUAAGGAGAUCGCUGUACAGCCAUGGUGGCUCCUGCCUACCUCCAUUGUCAUGAAGUCAAGCUUGGCCAUUAUAUUACUUAUUACUGCAGAAUGGAGAUGGCUUAAGUCCAAAACAUUUGGCUGUUGAAUAAAAAUAAAUAAAUAAAUAACACAAAAAAAAAACAAAAAAAAACAAAUAAAUAAAUGCAGACGCUUUGGUGCAUGUGACUUCAAAACAACGUGAUAUUUGCUCAUAUGGUGCUUUGGUGUGUCGUAUGCUGUAUGCAACCCUACAAAAUACAGUUUUUCUGCCUGCUUGUAUGUAAACUAUAUGUUGCUUUUGUUAAGGGUAGCAUGCCCAAGCUAGCUGUUUCUAUCCUGUGGAUAUUUUCUGUAAAUCAGCUGCAAUGUGUUUGCUCGUCCUUCGUCUUGGCAGUCCAGCCGUGCAGACGAUAUUGCAGAUUUAAUUCUGGUGCAUGAUCACAGAGCUGCACUUGUAUAGUGCAAACGUGAUUGCUGUAAUGCAUGUAUCAAUCGCAUCUCUGCAGAAAUUCCAGCUGUCACGGACCAAUCACAGCUGGAAUGGAUAGCUGGUGUACAGUCGACGGUAGUAUUUUAUGAUGACUAGAUACAAGGAGCUUUUCCGAACCAUUUUAAGAUAUUUUGAAAACCCAACUAAGCCGAGGGGGAACUGCCUUAAAUUGAUCCCAGAACAUAAACAGAGUCCACUGAUGGUCAUUGUGUUGUGCUUGGACGGGGUGAGUUUAAGUUGAAUUUCUAUAGGUAGUGCAGUAGGAUACCACUUUUGGGCCAGAAUGGUUAUGUUCAUGGUCAACAUUCAAGGGUGGAUGAGACAAUCUGCCUGACUCUAGAUAAUUAAUAGUAUACACUUUUCUCAGCAGAGGGCGGUAGCUUCCAGGAAAUGCAGCCUGGGCCUAGUUGCGCUGCACUAUAGUGUUCUCAGUACCCAUUGAUGUUUCUCUGUCCUGUGGUGAUUGAGUCUUAUCCAGUGCAAGCGGAGUAGUUCAUUAUAACAACAAUGCAAUGGACCCCAUACAGCAUCUAACUUGUUUUUAUUCAUAUGAAAAAAUAGGCUAUGAAAAAAUAUUUUUAAAGGUAUUUUAGUGCGAGUCAAAUUCUCUUCAGGUAAAAAUUCAAUGAGAAAUUGCUCCAUCCAGUUGGUAGAUAACUUGGUAGAUAAACUGCCAAGAGAACCAGUCACCAUGUUCAUACCAUUGCUCCUUGCUUGCAGCUUAACCAAUUGAGUAACUAGGCCAGAUGGUCGGUGACAUAGAUAGUAUAUCUUGUUUUCUUUGCAGCAUCAUUUAUCCAAAUUUUUUUGUCACCGGGCUCCUUCAUCUCUUACCAAAAUGACAGCCACACAUGGCAGAUUUCCCACUUUGCUAAGUAGUUAGGUGUGGCUGGUCGGUGGAUGUGAAGCUCUUUUGUCUCAACUGCCAUCUUGCAUCUUGUGCACAGUUGUGAGUGCGGACUGAUUAAACAACAACACGAUUGAUUUUGUUCAUCAGUUCUCCUUCGUUCCACAAGUCGAACCUGCUUUUCUUUGUAAAGAUUUAUAAAAAAUUGUAUUUUACCUCCGGCAUGUGAGUCAAAUGGACAUCUGUAGAGACACGACCAGUUUGAAAGUCAUAAUCAGCAAAUAACAGACCCCCCCCCCGCCACUACUCUGAAAUGGGAACUACAUUCAUAUAUGGAAAGCCGAAUCAUGAAAGUGCGUGAACAUAUAUUUACAGGUUUUACAUUGUUCAGAAUUGGAUAAAUACUUACACCAGAAUUUGUAUUUUUGACUCUUAAUCUACUUGUCAUAAAUAUAUAUAUAU